AUGGCCUUGUUGAGCAGAGCUGCACUAGGCUUCCUAGGCCUUUUCUUCACGGCCUCAGCUUUACUGUUGAUGUUCCUUACCUUCCUUGGUGGAGCGAGAAAUUCGACCCCUUUGAAUAUAAUCUACUUUUUGCAAGUUGAUACGCGCACUAUUCCCGGCGCCCCAGAUCUGUCUCGGUGGACCUUUUGGAAUCUUUGUCGGGUUAAUGAAAAUGGGAAGAGCGAAUGUGGGACCUCUUAUCCCGACUUUCCGUUUGACCCUCCUAGUCAUCGGAAUUUCGAUACCACUACCAAUAUUCCCAGUGCCUUUGUCGGAACGAACCACUACUUCCUGACUUCUCGGUUUACCUUCCCAUUCCUACUUAUGGCCUUGUUCUUUGCUGUGAUCUCCCUCUUCACCGGAUUCCUGGCUAUGUGCACACGCCUGGGAAGCUAUCUGUCGUCUAUUAUGGCCUGGGUCGCAUUGUUCUUCCAGAUCAUUAGUACUUGUCUUAUGACCGCUGUGUACGUCCAGGGUCGCAACAAGUUUAACGCCAAUGGCCAGACUGCCAGGCUGGGCGUAAAGGCGUUCGCCUUCAUGUGGACUGCAGUGGCGUGCCUCCUCCUAUCUUGCAUCCUGUACUACAUGGGCGGCGCUGUGGGGGGCAGCAGUGAGUCCGGGUACAGUGGUCGUGAGCACCGACGUCGUGGUUUCUUCUCCUCCCAGCGAGCCGCGAGUGUCCGGAGCAACAAGGAAGCAAACCCAUAA